AGCGCGGGGAGUGUGGAGGAUGGUUCGUCUCUCAAGUUUUAGUCAGUCUGCCACCUGGCAAUGGGGUUGGGCAGCACGACUCCGGGUAAGCCUGGGCAACAGCGAACCAUGUACUACGUGGUCUCCAACUUGUUGAUGCCCCUCACGAAGAAGAAGCGCCUCUCCUACGCGGAGCUCGCAGGACCCCGCGAGGUCAUGUGGUUCGUGUCUCACUUUUGGGGCACCCCCUUCCGCCACUUUGUGCACAGCGUGCGGAAGCAUGCUGAGUGCAUUGCUCCAACGACAGGACGCAACGCCUGGUCAGAUCGCACGUACUGGGUCUGCAGCUUUAGCAACAACCAGUGGAAGGUCUCGGAGGAGGUGGGAGAGAGCUGGGAGGAGUCCUCGUUCUACUUGACUUUGAAUUGCGGCCAUUGCUCCGGCACGGCCAUGAUCUUAGAUGACGAGGCAAUGCCGCUGACAAGGGCCUGGUGCCUCUUCGAGGUCUUGCAAACCAAGGAGAUAAAGAACAAGCAGAGCAACUUCGAAGGACUCUGGCUUUGCACUGCCACCGGUGUGCUGCAUAAGGGCAAGGCGGGGGUGGACGUGGCCAUGCACCUGGCCAAGCGCCUGAGCUCGCUGCGCCUCGAGGAGGCCACCGCGUCGGUGCAGAAGGACAAAGAGAUGAUCGACGGGCUCGUGGCACAGAUGCCGGGGGGCUUUGAGGCCAUGAACAAGUUUGUGCGCAGCAACAUUGCGGAGGCGCUCCUGUACAUGAACGAAGCCUUUUCCAACGAGUUUCGGCAGAUCAUGGGCUCGCUGGGGCACGACCAGUUGCUGAGCGAUUUGCCCAACGCGCCCAGCUGGCACGAGCCGCCCACCAUGGAGUCCAUGGAGGACCCCUAGCACCUGAACUCCGCAGCUCGAGCGCCUUGCCGGCGCGGGGCGGGCUUGACCUGGUCGAGUCCGGUUUUACAGAUAUCACCCUUGAAACCCCCUGUUUGUUUGGUGAGGCCCCCCCU